CCAGAAUUAGAGUGUUAUAUUGUAUUGUAGGGUGCGUCGUUGUCAGAAGCGGGCGGCGUGUAGCGGGAGCGUUCGAUGGAGACGGUGUAUCCUUGUGCGGCGUCAGCGCUGACGCGCGGCCGACGAGCGCGCCGCCCUAGACCGCGCUCACGGCAUCGCACCGUUCCAGUCACAUUCGCAGAGAUUAAGGUACCUCCACGCAUGUCAAAUGUUGGUAAUCAAUUUCAACGUAUCGUAUGAGUAGAUGUGUUCCCGAAACAACGCCCGAGUAUAUAAUUCACUUAUAGCACCCGCUUGUAGCUUCACGUAGGUGAAAUGAAGAAAUUUCAUAUUUGGAUCACUUUUACAAAAAGUCAAAAAUUUCCUUUUAUAAUAGUACUAUAGAUAUUUUCAAUCUUAAAAUACUAUAUCUAUAAUCUCUUUCCAUCAACAAAAUCAAUAAAUUUCUAAAUUAUUUAUUUUAUUAAUGAACUAUAUUAAUAUAAUAAAUAUACUAAAUUGUGGAAUGCAAUAAAUAAAUAAAAUGGCAAAUUUCUUUAAACCACACCCAGACUCUUUGGAUAGACACAUUUAUGAGAAUACCGGUCGAUCGGAAUACAUAGAUUCCUGGACGUGUCUUCAGGAGGUGGACGAAGAAAGUGAGGAAGCAUGCAUGGUGGCGCCGACGCCGGAUCGGGAGCGACGGCGGCCCGACGUACUGGACGACCAGUUGGUGCGCUUCGCGGAGUUCAGGCGCAGGCGCGCUAGACGGGAGCGAGACGUGUUACGUGAGCGAACUGAGGAACCUGCUCCUGGUACCGUUCAACGUGAUGACGAUGCGACUACCAACGCAGCUGCUUUCAGUAGUGCCACACCUCGUGCGGGGAGCGAACCCGCCGUUCUAAGUCUCGUAGACACUUGACGCUGCCCCGUCUGACACCGGGAUUAAGUAUCACGCGGGUCAUUUUGAACUCGUCAAUUAUACGGAUGUUAUGAACUAUUGAUAGGUACUUAAAUUAGCUGUUGAAAUUUAUAUUAUUGGUAUUUUCUCAUAAAUUUGUAUUUUUAUACGAAUUUCAUUAAGAAUAAUAUACAAGCCUUUUACAUAAUAGGUAUAAUUCUUUAAAUAAUAAAUUCAUCUAAAAUAACUAUAAGUCCAAGGGAUAAUACUAGUUGGUUAUACCUAAUUAUGAUUCGUGUCAAAAUAUAAUUUAAUUAAUUAAUAUACGUAUAAUGAAAAACUCUAGUAUAAUUGUCAUUUUUUUAUUUACGCAUUAUAGAAUAAAUUAAAUAAAUAGAACUCUCAAACACGCUUCAUUCGGACACUUUAAUAAAUAGACAUCGGUAUAUACAACUAACUCUUACGUUUUACUUAAAGCUACAUUUAUAAAAUGUAAUGAUUAACAAACAAUAUAAAUUAUGUAAUACGAGUAACAACACUACGGUCGGCGGGAGGUGCCGGCGGUGCGGCGGCGGCGUGCGACAUCUCUUAUAAAAAACACUUAUAUCUUACUUUAAUAUUACACGCUAACUCAUGCGAGGGGACGAAUUACGUGGCUUCAGUGAUACCACAAUCAUUAUUGUAAUUUUUAUUUAAUUCUAUACAUUACAUUUAAUUUCAUCGCAUAAAGUAUAAUAUUAACGCUUAUGCUUAUAUAUUUCUUAGAAAACAGACUACAAUAAUUAUUAAUAUUAUCAUGUACCAAAAUGUUUGUCAGAUAGUAACUAAUUUUGUUUGGCACUUUUCUCUAGUAUACAAUUGAGCAUUUCGGUAAGAGUAAAGUAAAACAGUACAAAUAUGGUACGAGUCGAUAAAGCCGCCGCCGCCCUUCGUAUUACAAACUUUCGCCUUUAUAAUAUUAAUAGGAUUAGUCUGCAACUAUCGACAGUUGUAGGUAAACGGAUGGUACCUUUAAUUCGUAUGAAUUAACAUGACACCUGAGGGACUACUCUUAUUUAUUCUCGAAUGAACAUUCGGAAAAUGAUAAAUUUAAAAAAAAAUCGUAAAAUCAUAUCCGUGAAGUUUUUAUGUGCAUCAGAGCAUUCAUAGCCAUUGGCAGGUCCUACUUUCGUUGCAUUAGGCGUUUCUUUGGAGUCCAUUAAAAAAAAUAAAGUAUGUUCGUUUUCAGAGAAAUUGGUGUUAUGUUAAUUCGUAAGAGUAGUAAGUAGGAGAGAGCGGCCCGCCCCCGCGCCAUACUAAUAUCACCGGGCACACGUACACAGUACGAUCUGCGCUUACGUUAAAAAAUAAUUUACUAGCGAUAAUAACCGCCUGACGUCGCUUAAAUCUAACAUACGGUAAAUUUGUCUAAGUAAAAUAUUUAUUCCACUCUCACUUUGUAUUUUAUUAUCGACUUCUCCGUUAAUUUAGUAUAAUUUAAUACUAUACGAAACGUUAUUUAUAUAUUAUUUGUCAGUUUUUGCUACAGUACAGUAGAGUAAAUUAAAGUUUUAAUCCGUUAAAACGCCUACUUUCAUGACACCCGCAUGCGGAGAGCGGACGAUCCUCGCUUUCAUUGGUCGGUCAUUGCCUUAUUGACCAAUGAGAUGACAAAGCAGAGGUCGGCCGUACGUCUUUUGCUGACCCCAUCGACCAGUGCAACUGAGGCAUCAAUUUCCCAAGGCAAAGCUGUUGUAUACAACUAUUCUCUGUAUUAAUAAACGGCUCUUCGAAUUACACAUAAAAUUGAUAAUCAUAAGAGGUGUUAAAAAGAGUAAAGUAGUGACUUGGUAUGAACAUUUCGACCACUUUAUCUGUAGCACUU